GACAACAUUAAAAAGAACAAAAAAAACAAAACAAUAUUUAAUCACAAGGCUGUUACCCUGUAGAACUUUUGAAAUCAUGUGUUUCGUUUUAAUUACUGUUCUGCGGGUUAUUCCUGCAGUCACCACGACACAAGCUGCUCCUCUGUUUGUCUUCAGAGGGCUUCAUAUUUGAAUAUUUUCUGAUGUCUGAACAUCAGUAGCGAGGGCUCCUCCAGCGGCAGCCAUCUUAGUUGUACCAACGGCUGCCACAACCAUACACCAGGAAGUGUCCGAUCUAUCCGUUCUACUUCUGUGGGGUCAACUCUCCCAGUCAAACUACCUUCAAAGAGCGGUUAGAGGAAGGUUGUUGUGAGCGAUCAGGAUGGACUCUGAGAUUUUGAACAUAGAGGAGAUAGUGAUGGGUCGGGGACUACCAGAUCCACCUCCUGAAGUUCCUCCUGAAAAACCAGCAGAACCAUACAAACCCAUCACUUUGAAUGGACCUCCUGCACCCCCUGUUCAGCCCUACCAGCAUGAAAAUCUGCAGUGUUUCCAGUGCUUCAUCACGUUCUGCAGUGCCAAAGCCAAGGAGAGGCAUAUGAAGAAGAGCCACCGGGAAGAGUAUAAGCAACAGCUUCAGCAGGGAAACACACUGUUCACAUGCUAUGUGUGUGACCGCACAUUUCUGUCAUCUGAGGAACUGACACAGCACCAGCCAACACACAGCAAGGACGACAAGCCCUUCAAAUGUGUCCACUGCAAGGAGAGCUUCAAGACCUUUUCUGAACUCACAGCCCAUAGAAGACAGGUGUGUCCAGAGAAACAGUUGGUAUGUAAAGAUUGCAAUGAAACCUUCCGGAGUGCUGGACUGCUGCGUACUCAUCGCCUGACCCAGCAUCCUCGCCCAGAUGUAGAGACUGCAGAACAGCCGGAGGACCCUGCGAAAACCCACCGCUGUAAGAAGUGUGGUCAGGGCUUUGAAACAGAAUCAGAGCUGAUAGUGCACCAGGAGUCAGCUGAAGGUCAGCAAUGCAACGGCACUGCUUCAUCCAACAAGAAACGCGGAAGGCCUACCAAAGCUGAAGAUGUGGCAGCUGCUGAGAAAAAGGGAAAGCGGAAAAAGAAGGAUGAGGCAGAAGUGUCUGAAGAGGCAGUGAAGGUUAGCAGCACAGCAGAGUCGGCAGUAGCACCUCCGGCAGAGGAAAAGGGAAAAGCAGUCGGAGCAAAGCGAGGUCGUCCUUCUAAAGCUGCAGCAAAUUCAGAAACGGAAAACAAGAAAAGUCCCGAGGAUGACGGUCAGUCUCUGGGAAAGGAGAAGAAAGCUAAAGCAGAUCCUGUCACGUCCCGUCAGCACCCCUGUCCCGAGUGUGACCUCAUGUUCCCUGGCCUAAUUCAGCUUCGCGCUCACAAGAAGGAGAAACACACCCCGCGGAAAGCCCAUCCCUGCGAGGAAUGUGAAGAGAGCUUUGCCCGUCCAGAGCAGCUGGAAGCUCACAUGUCGCGUGCUCAUGCUGUGGGCCGCUUCGCCUGUCAAACCUGUGGGAAGAGCUUUGGUCGCGAGCGCACCUUGAAAGCUCACGAGAAAAGCCACCCAGAGGAAAAACCCGAAAACCCAAGUGCAAAGAGAUAAUUGAGACAUGGGGACUUUGGAGAAAGAGUAUGGUUUUUGAAGAUUUUAGUCAGGAAUUGUCCUUUUUCUUUUAACAUUGGAGAUCUGAUUCUCCCAAAUAUGGUUUCAGACGAGUUUGGAAUGGUUUUGAGAAUGACAUUUUAGCAAGUCUUGGAUUUAAAGUUGAGUUUUGAUUUUGAGCUGUUGAAAUUUUGGACAAACAGACACAUCUCCUUAAUUGACUAACCAAAUGUUGUUAAAUCGAUGAAUUACACCCUUUGUCAAAAACAAUAGUUUAUUUGUAAAAACAAACUGUUUUGAUUAACUUUUUAAAUGAUUUGUUUCAGUUUUUUUUAAGCUUGAAAUGCGUGUGGUGUGAAUUUAUUACUUUGUCUUUGAGUUGUUCGACUCACUUUGUGGUUAAAACAGAAAUGUUUUUUAUGUUUUUUUUUUUUUUCCUCUUGUUUUUUCAAAACUGAUUGGGUAAGUACAUACUUUGAAGCAUAAUAGAUGCCUAGUAGAGAUACUAUGUUUGAAUGUUUAGACAGUUUGUCAAAAGAAAUGUGUAAUGUACAGCUUCUGGUUCAUAUUUUUGCAUUUUUUACACUUAAUAUUUUGAUUAUGUUCCUUUCUAAAUUAAGUCUCAUUGAGGAAGAAUUUUAAAAUAACCCGAUUAUGUUCUGCUAAAAAUGUAUUUUGGCUAAGUGCUCCAGAUUCGAUGUGGAGUGUUUGGCAUGUGGGCAGAAAUGAUCCACUAUAAUCCUGAUUUAUCUUUUCACUUACUAGAAUAAUACUUCAUGUCUUAGACAUUUCUUAAAUGGAACUCAUGGCUCUUUAAUGCUAUAGAGUCCCAUAAGGAACUGUGUAUAUCAUGUGUUAUUCACUGAUUGGAUUGUUUCUCUUCCCCACUGCAAUGUGUCUGGACACUGCAAAAAUGUAAUAAAACAUGCUGUCCCAAGGGAGGCUGCUGAAGAAAUAA